ACAAGAAUGCAAGACUGGUCUCCACUUCGGUCACGGAGACCUUUUUAUACCCCACAUAACAGAUUCAUCCCCUCCAGCUCUGACAAAGUUGAACCGUACGGAUGUAAUAUCUUCCUCCCCUGUACGAGACCCAAGAAUAGAACGUCCACAGUUGCCUGGGAAGGACAGCCCUACUCUGCAUCGGUACCAGCCUUCCCAGUACGCCAGAGAUAUUCAUAUACCUGGCCAUGAGUGUGUACAAAACGAGACACUCUUAAACCGGGCUCUCAAAGAUAGCUCAGACAGCAGCAGAAGACCUUUAACCAUGACUAACACAGAGACAUCAGUCAGUUGGAGUUCUCAGCAAAACCAUGUGAAAGGGGAGUGCUCAUCCAGCGACAAAGACAAUUUUAAGGAGGUGGAAAAUAAUCAAAGGACCGGUUCGGCUGCACUGGGCGGUCAAGUGAACCAUUUUAGGGUCUCGGUGCGGCACAGUGAGAUGACAGGUGACAAUAGUCCUAAUAAGAAACGGAGAGUUAGGGCAUCACAGAGCUCAAGUGGAGUCACAGGCAGUCUUUUGGAGGACACUACACAUGAGAAGGGCUGUAUAUCUUUAGAGACGUCUAGCAAAACCACCCAGAAGACUUCGGACAUUGGAAACACAGGCAUACAGUCUACAGGAGGAUCAUUUUCACCGCGGCCUUCCCAGCACUCUCAGAAGAUCGCGCGUGCUAAAUGGGAGUUCUUGUUUGGGACCCACUCUGAGAAUGAAACGAAAGGUUCCUUUUCCAGUGGCUGUUCCAGUGAGUCUCCUAUACCCGUUCCACCGUCAUCUACACCCCUGUGUCCCAUAUCAACACACUCAAGACAUUGUCAAUCAACCGCCUCCCCAAAAUCCUCCAGCCAUGAUGUAAAACGUAUACAAGUGGAAGUGAUCAACCACCUCCCUGCAGCGGGCUCCUCCUCUAAGACCUGCAUCAUCAGACGUUCUGUCAAAUAUUCAGAGACCGAUAUAGAUGCAGUUCCCGUGCGCUCUUACAGGGAAACAGACCUGGAUGAGGUGAUGCUUGCAGAACAGGAGGAGGUGGACUCGGCUUUCGGGAGUAUCCGCAGCGUACUGGGCACCUCGGGCACAAGCAGCAUCAGCCCUCUAGAUGAAGUGCUCUGCCCACUUACAGAUGGUGAAGAGGAGCUGCAGGACGAGGAGGUGGUGAGCUGGGCAAGUGUGAGGAUGCAGGGUGACAAAAAGAGGCAGAAUGCAUCACCUGAGGGGGGUGAGGUGUUAAACAGAUUAUUGAGAGGCCCCUCAGAGAGCCAAACAGACAGUCACACGACUUUAAAGUCUCCUAUCCCAGUGGACAGCCCCCGCAGAAUCUCAUCAGACGGCUCAGACUCCUUCAGCAGGCACUUUGAGAGUAUCGUGGAGUCGCAUCGUGCCAAGGGUACCUCCUAUAGUAGCCUGGAUAGCGAAGACAUCACCCCAAGUGGACCACUGGUCUUCACUUUUGACUUUCCAACUCUCACCCCUGAGAUCCAGAGCCAGAUCUGUGAAAGUGCAAAGCAGAUCAUUGAACUGAGCUUUGCCCCUCUUGCUCGUUCCGAAUCCCCCGUUGUAUCCAAUACCAUAGAACCUACAGCUUCACAGACCCUGGCAGAAGAGGGCCGAAGAGGUGUGCUUGGAGAAGAAAAGUCCUUCAGUGGAUCCUGCUCUGAUAAAACCCUGAAGCCUGAUCCGGACACAGAUGCUGCCAUAAGAGAAAGGCCUUCACGGUUGGUGUCCGAGUCGGGUCCAGGGGUGGCUGAAAGGUUGGCUGUGGGCAGCACUGAAACUCUGACUAAUGGCAACAAAGCAGACCUCCAAGCUGCCAAACGACUGGCCAAACGCUUGUACAAUCUCGAUGGAUUCAGGAAGUCAGACGUGGCACGACACAUGAGCAAGAACAAUGAUUUCAGUCAUAUGGUGGCAGAAGAAUAUCUGAGCCACUUUAACUUCACAGGGAUGACAGUGGAUCAGGCUCUGAGAGUGUUUUUGAGAGAAUUUGCCCUAAUGGGUGAAACACAGGAGAGGGAGAGAGUACUGUCACAUUUCUCAAGAAGAUACCUCCAGUGCAACACAAACACGAUACUGAAUGAAGACAGCGUUCACACUUUGACUUGUGCCGUGAUGCUGCUCAACACUGAUCUGCAUGGUCAUAAUAUAGGGAAGAGGAUGUCCUGUACGCAGUUCAUUAGUAACCUGGAGGGACUAAAUGAUGGCCAAAACUUCCCUAAAGAACAUCUAAAGGCUCUCUACAACUCUAUCAAAAAUGAGAAGCUGCAGUGGACAAUUGAUGAGGAGGAACUGCGGAAGUCUUUCUCAGAGCUGGACGGCAGGAAAGACUCCACAUCUCACACCAUGAAGCGUGUCAGCAGUGGAGGAAACCCUCUCAUCAGUGUGGCGCAGCAGUCCAGCGCUCAGGUCUACAAGAACGGCUUUCUUGUGCGGAAGGUUCACGCAGAUCCUGAUGGAAAGAAAACUCCACGAGGCAAAAGAGGGUGGAAGACAUUCUAUGCUAUUCUAAAAGGGCUGAUCCUCUACCUGCAAAAGGAUGAAUAUCGUCCAGAUAAGCAGCUGUCUGACGAGGACUUAAAGAAUGCAGUAUCCAUCCAUCAUUCUUUAGCCAUGCGGGCAGCAGACUACAGCAAGAGGCCUAAUGUGUUUUACCUUCGCACCUCUGACUGGAGAGUCUUUCUCUUUCAGGCCCCUAACGCGGAGCAAAUGCAGUCUUGGAUCACACGUAUCAACAUAGUGGCGGCAAUGUUCUCCGCUCCUCCUUUCCCUGCGGCCAUUGGCUCCCAGAAAAAGUUUAGCCGCCCUCUUCUGCCAGGCUCAAGCACCAAGCUCUCACAGGAGGAGCAGCUUAAAUCUCAGGAGACACGUUUUCGAUCCGUUUCCGCUGAGCUCCAGGAACUGCGCUCGUCACCCCAGGAACGCAAGAUUAAAAGCAAAGACCAAGAAGAGCACAAGCAAAGAGAAGAGUAUCUGGAUUUUGAGAAAACACGCCAUGGAACGUACGCCAUGCUGCUGAGGGCUAAGAUUCGGACUGGGGAAACCGACUUGGCGGCGUUCGAGUCCCGUUUGUUUGAAGACAGUAGGCUACAGAGGGCCCAUUCCAGCCCCACGUUACCCCAGGACAACAGCCAUGCCAGCAGCACCAAAGAGUCCAGCAGGAGUAGCAGCAGUAAGAGAGUCAAGAGCUCGGACACAGGUCAGAGACACAGCUACAGAAAGGCUGUCAAACAGUGAGGACUCGUGCCAAAAAGGGCUGAUGUUUCCUAUCAGGUCUUAUUCAUCUCGAUUAAGGGUCUGAAUAGAGUGUUACCAGGAUACCUGAAUUACACUUCAUGGCUCUUCUUAAGGCAUCGAUAAUUGUAACGGUUGGGGUAAGUAGAACACAGUGAUGAGCUUUGCCUUCAUGACCCCUAUCUUUGGGAAUCGGUGAGGUUUGCAUUUCUGGUCAGUAACUGAGGGGCAAGAUCUGUCAAUGGUGGCAUAAGGAGCACCAGCCUCACAUUGUUAUGUUGCUGUCGGUAUUUGCAACAUGUUAAAUGUAUCACUGGGUAUUUCGCUUGUUACAUGUCGAUCUAUAUCGUUCUUUUUAACAAGCUGAAGUGCAGAACAACAAAAUAAGUUGGUGCGUUUCUGGAAGAGGGAACCAAACGAAAAGUAAAUUUUUAUAAAAUGUGAACACAUAUUGUUCAUAUUUAUUUAAGCAUUUUAGAUUUAGCUUUUUAGACUAUCAUUUCAUUAUGUGAGGUCACUCAAGAUAAGUUUUAAAAGCGUAUGGAAUUUUUGCCUGUAUAGUCCUUUAAAAGUUCUUAACGCAUGUCUCAAAGCAUGCCUAAGAUGUUUGAAGACAAUCAGUUCGUCUUUUGGUACAAUUACUAGGAAUAUGAAUGUGUUUUAUUUUCUUUAUGCCACGUCGUCAUUUCAACACAGUGCGCAAUGAUAAAAUGACCAGCAGUUAUUUAAAAGCCAUCAUAAAAAUGAACCCUGCGUAUAAUUUGGUGCAAUGUCUGAACAUUUUGUAUGUAAAUGUGUUGGGCUUGAGGAUGAUGCAAAAUCUGUCAAAAGUUAACCCUUGGAACUUGGCUAUUCCAUUGUAUUCUCAGGCACCUAUUUUCAAAUUUAAUUCAUACACAUACCACCAAAUGCAAAAUCUUAUCAUCCUAUUGAUAUCAUAAACAUGAAGAAUCCAAGAAAUUGUAAGACUUUGUAAUUGUAAAACACAUUAAUGCAUAUUUAGGUCACGAAGAUCUGUUAGCACUGCCAAAAUAUAUAAUAAAUUCUGACAAGCGGAGUGAAUUAGCAUGUUGAUUUUGACAUUCGGUUUAACUGGGAACCAAAUUCCAUCAAUGGGACUUCAAUUGUGCUAUGCUCCACCACAGUAUAAAUAAGCGUAUUUAAUAAAAAAAAAAAAAAGAGUUAUUUAUAUAUUUUGAACAUUUAUAAUCUGUCUUGAGUAUUUCACUAUGACUGAAGCGUAUUGACUUGGUUUAUAUAUAUAUAUAUAUAUAUAUAUACAGGACCUGUACAGGUUUUUAUAGGGUACAAUCAACCACUCAAAAAUAGUUUGCUGUCACCCAGAUAUUUUGCUGUACUUCUAACUUAUUUCUAGAUUUUGUUUGCUGUAUAUACUGUGAAUAUUGUUACAACUGGUUAAAGAAACAAUGCUAUGAUGUUUGUUUUGCAGGCACAGGCAAAAUAAAUGUUUUGAAAUGAUAA